CACCGGCCAGCUUGUGCCCGCCCCCCGCCGACCAGGUCGUUGGAGCCAGCAACGAUCUCAACGAUCUCAACGACGUCCACUCAUCCGCCGCCGCCAUGUUCGUCGCCCGCCCCUCUCUCCUCCGCGCUGUCGGCACUGCCCCCGCCUUCCGCGCUACCGGGCUCGCCCCGCGCGUGGCCCGCACCGCCCUCGCCCUCCGCCGCAGCGUGCACACCGACAGCCUCACCCCGCUGCAGGAGAUCCAGCGGCUGAACGCGCAGCGCUCGAACCGCCCCUGCUCCCCCGAGCUCGCCAUCUACCAGCCCCAGCUGACAUGGUACCUCUCGGGUCUGCACCGUGUGACGGGUGUGGCCGUCGCGGGUCUCUUCUACGUCGGCGCGCUCGCGUUCGCCCUCCACCCCUGGUUCCCGGCGAUGGACUCGACUCACGCCAUCGAGUUCAUCCACUCGCUUCCCGGGUGGCUUAAGACGACCGUCAAGCUCGCUAUUGCCGCCCCGGCGACGUUCCACUCGUUCAACGGUAUCCGCCACCUGAUGUGGGAUGUUGGAAAGGGCCUCACCAUCAAGGGCGUCUACAAGUCGGGCUACGCCGUUCUCGCUGCCACGGCCGUCUCGACCAUUUACCUCGCCUUCUUCGUGUAAACCAAAAGGUAGACAGUGUAACGGUAGUGGAUAUGCGACGACAUGAAGCC